AAUUUAAAGCCCACUAGAAAUCGAGACAAGCUUAGGAAUACGGAAGAACCGGGACGAAGCUGCUUCCUAUAGGGACAACUAGCAAAUGUGGUAUAUGUUCUCCUAUGAGUCACAAUGGACAAGAUUUUGGAAGGCCUGGUAACCUCUUCUCAUCCAUUAAAUCUGAAAAAAGUGAUUGUUAAAAAAGUUGUGGAGUCUGCAGAAAACUCUGUAAAUGAAGAGCAAUGCAAAGCAAUGUUCAAUCUUACUACACGCUUGAUUUUGGAAGGAGAUGAUCUUUUCCAGAAGCAAGUUGGACACCAGGUUUUGGAAGCCUAUGCCAGAUAUCAUCGCUCUGAGUUUGAGAAUUUCUUUAACAGGAACUUUGUCCUGAGCCUCCUUCAGGAGGGCUAUAGAUCAUUAGAACGUAAAGAUAUAGCUAUUAUUGACUAUAUACAUAAUGGUCUCAAGUUGAUCAUGAGCUGUCCUUCUGUCUUAGAAAUAUUUGCUGUGUUACAAGUGGAGGUUUUGAGAAUUGUAUGUGAAAGACCAGAACCUUUAUUAUGUGCUAGGUUAAGCGAGCUGUUGAGUGACUUUGUACAAUGUAUUCCAAAGGGUAAAUUGUCCAUCGCAUUCUGCCAGCAACUUGUUAGGACUAUAGGACAUUUCCAUUCGGUUUCUACACUGGAGAAAGAGCUGCGAGAAUAUGUUUCUCAAGUUACCAAAGUUAGUAGUUUAUUGCAGAACAUCUGGAAGGUUGAGCCAUGUACUCUAUUACCAUCUCUUCAAGAAGUAUUUGCAAUUAUUUCUUCUACAGAUGCUUCAUUUGAACCUUCUGUUGCUCUAGCAAGCCUUGUGCAACACAUUCCUUUACAGAUGAUCACUGUUCUCAUCAGAAGUUUGACCACUGAUCCCAAUGUGAAGGAUGCAAGCAUGACACAGGCACUAUGCAGGAUGAUUGACUGGCUAUCUUGGCCUCUAGCUCAUCAUGUGGAGACAUGGGUGAUUGCUCUUCUAAAAGGACUGGCUGCAGUCCAGAAAUUCACCAUUCUUAUUGAUGUCACUUUACUAAAAGUCGAACUGGUGUUCAAUCGACUUUGGUUUCCUGUGGUUAGACCUGGUGCUCUUGCUGUCCUCUCACACAUGUUGCUUAGUUUUCAACACUCCCCCGAAGCUUUCCAUGUGAUAGUUCCCCAUGUUGGCAACCUUGUCCAGUCUGUUAGGAAAGAUGGCCUCCCUUCCAGUACAACUUUCCUAGUCCAGUUUACAGAACUCAUGCACUGUAUGAUUUAUCAUUACUCUGGUUUUCCAGACUUGUACGAGCCUAUCUUGGAAGCACUCAAGGACCUGCCUAAACCUUGUGAAGAGAAAAUAAAACUUUUACUUAACCAAAGUGCCUGGACAUCUCAAUCCAAUGCUUUGGCGUCCUGUUUACCCAGAUUGUCAGGGAAAUCCGAAACUGGAAAAACUGGCUUGAUUAACCUGGGAAACACAUGUUAUAUGAAUAGUGUUUUACAGGCAUUGUUCAUGGCAACAGAUUUUAGAAGACGUGUGUUAUCUCUGAAUUUGAAUGGAUGCAACUCCUUGAUGAAGAAACUGCAGCACCUUUUUGCUUUUUUGGCUCACACUCAGCGUGAAGCUUAUGCCCCUCAAAUAUUUUUUGACGCUUCUAGACCACCUUGGUUCACACCUCGAUCUCAACAAGACUGUUCUGAAUACCUCAGGUUUCUACUAGACCGAUUGCAUGAAGAAGAGAAAACCAUUAAAGCUCUGACAUCCAAAAUUCCUUCUGACUCUAUGGUUACUGAUAGUAUUCUUGAGGACCCAUCAUGUUUGGAUACUGAAGGUCUUGCCAGCUCUUGUUGUAACUCACACAUCAUAAGGUGUGGACGAGAAGAAAAAACAUUAAUAGAAAAUAUGUUUGGGGGGAAGCUUCAGACAAAUAUUUAUUGUCUAAACUGCAAAAGCACUUCACAAAAGACUGAAGUCUUCUCAGAUCUGUCUUUAGCUUUUUGUCCUUUGUUGGCAGACACACCUUCACUGACGUUGGCUUGUUUUCCCAAGGAAAAAGAUGAUGAUUGUAUAGAAAUUGAUGUUGCCCCAUGUGCAGAAUUGUCUUCUGUAGAAAAUAAAAUCUAUGGGCCAUUAGAACAGGACACUGACAUCAAAGUAGAACCUAACCUUAAUAGCAGUGUGGAUGCUUCUUCGUGUGCCAGUAUACAUGACUCUGCCUCAUCCCCACAGAAAAUUGGAAAAGAAAAAACACUUUCUGUUACAGACCUUCUUAACUAUUUCCUAGCACCUGAGAUCCUUGAUGGCGAUAAUCAGUAUCAUUGUGAAAAAUGUGCUUCCCUCCAGAAUGCGGAGAAGACUAUGCAAAUUGUGGAAGAGCCAGAAUACCUCAUCCUAACCUUACUAAGGUUUUCAUAUGAUCCAAAGUGUCAUGUGAGGCGUAAGAUAUUGGAUAACGUGUCCAUUCCGCUGGUUUUGGAGUUGCCAGUAGAAAGAACUACCUCCCUGGCUUCAUCAGCAGAUUGGACUCUGGAUGCUGAUAUUUCUGAUGCUGUUGAGAAUCUAGCUAAAAAACCGAAACCCUCAGAAACAGAAGAGCUUUGUUGCACCCAACUUGUACCUUAUGUUUUAAGUUCUGUUGUGGUACAUUCUGGCACAUCAUCUGAAAGUGGCCAUUAUUAUUCCUAUGCCAGAAAUGUUACAAGCACUUCACAAGGUCUCCAGCCUGAAAAUUUGUCCAAAAUUGAGUUAGCUGGAAGUGAAAUCUCCAGUUCUCUUGUUGGAAAUGAGCCCCGAUUCAGUGAUGUGCCAAAAGAAUGGUUUCUGUUUAAUGAUAGCAGAGUGACCUUUACUUCCUUUCAGUCUGUAUUAAACAUAACCAGUCGGUUUCCAAAGGACACUGCCUAUGUACUAAUUUACAAAAAGCAAACCUGUGGUGAUGUAGAUGGAGUCCAGCCUACUACAGCGAGUGGAGUUUGGCUAAAUGGGGAUCCUCCACUCCAGAAGGAACUCAUGGAUGCCAUUACAAAAGAUAACAAACUUUAUUUACAGGAACAAGAACUCAAUGCCCGUGCAAGAGCACUGCAAACCGCUUCUGCUUCAUGUUCGUUUCGACCAAAUGGGUUUGAUGACAAUGAUCCUCCAGGAAGCUGUGGUCCUAGUGGAGGAGGUGGAGGUGGAGGAUUUAGCACCAUUGGCAGACUUGUCUUUUAAGAGAGAUGUUCUUUUUUUUUUUUUUAAUUUUAAAACAAAAAAGUAAACUGCACUGAUAUAACAACACUGGCCAAUUUUAACUGUGUAGUAUCAGACUGUGACUUAUUACAUUAUAAAACAAAACAAAUUUUUCUACAACAGAACAAAGUUUCAUAAUGUACAUCUUGAGUGGAUAUCAAAUAUUUUCUUUAAACAUCUCCCAUGCCUGAAUUAAAUCUGGGAAGGAUUGUUUUAAACGCAUAUCAUAUUACACGGAGUAUACUAGUAGUGAAUAUACUAAUGUGUACAACUCAUAAAUAUAUAUCUAUAAAUAUAUUUUUGAGCUUAUCUGAGAUAUAUAUUUAAUAUAUUAUGAACUGUUUAGUAUUUGGAAGCAAUGAGGAGUUUCAUUUAAAAUUUCUUGGAAGAACAGCGCUUUAUGGUGCAUUCAAUACCGAAAGCAAUAA